AGAGGGUAAGGAGUGCUGGAGAGGAAAGGAUGAGAUCAAAUACGAUAGAACUCAUUAAUCUGAAGGAAAUUCUUGUGCCAGAGAUUCAGGAGAAUCUUUAAACUCAGGAGAGUUUUGUGCCAGGGGAAAACUCAGUAAACUAUCAAGUCUUGAACAUCUGACAGCACAAGAUGUCUAAAGGACCAGCAGUAGGCAUUGAUCUGGGAACCACAUAUUCCUGUGUGGGCAUCUUCCAGCAUGGCAAAGUGGAAAUCAUUGCCAAUGACCAAGGAAACAGGACGACGCCCAGCUAUGUGGCCUUCACAGACACUGAGAGACUGAUUGGAGAUGCUGCCAAGAACCAGGUGGCCAUGAACCCAACCAACACUGUAUUUGAUGCUAAGCGUCUGAUUGGUCGUAAGUUUGACGAUCCCGUGGUGCAGUCAGACAUGAAGUACUGGCCCUUCAAGGUUGUGAAUGACUCAUCUAAACCCAAGGUGGAGGUUGAAUACAAGGGUGAGCUAAAGACCUUCUACCCCGAGGAGGUGUCCUCCAUGGUCCUCACCAAGAUGAAGGAGAUCUCUGAGGCUUAUCUCGGCAAGCCUGUCAGCAAUGCAGUUGUCACAGUUCCUGCUUACUUCAACGACUCCCAGCGCCAAGCCACCAAAGAUGCUGGAACCAUCGCCGGGCUCAAUGUGUUGCGCAUCAUCAAUGAGCCCACUGCAGCAGCAAUUGCUUAUGGCCUGGACAAAAAGGUUGGCGGUGAACGUAAUGUCCUCAUCUUUGACCUUGGAGGUGGCACUUUUGAUGUGUCAAUCCUGACUAUUGAGGAUGGCAUCUUUGAGGUCAAGGCCACCGCCGGUGACACUCACUUGGGGGGUGAGGACUUUGACAACCGCAUGGUUAACCACUUCAUAGCUGAGUUCAAGCGCAAGUUCAAAAAGGAAAUCAACAGCAACAAGCGAGCUGUGCGUCGUCUACGCACAGCCUGCGAGCGUGCCAAGCGCACCCUCUCCAGCAGCACCCAGGCCAGCAUUGAGAUCGAUUCUCUCUACGAAGGAGUUGAUUUCUACACUUCCAUCACAAGAGCCCGUUUUGAAGAGCUCAAUGCAGACCUGUUCCGUGGGACCCUUGAGCCUGUGGAGAAAGCCCUGAGGGAUGCCAAGAUGGACAAGGCCCAGAUCCAUGACAUUGUGCUGGUGGGUGGCUCCACACGUAUCCCCAAGAUUCAAAAGUUGCUGCAGGACCUAUUCAAUGGCCGUGACCUCAAUAAGAGCAUCAACCCUGAUGAGGCGGUGGCUUAUGGUGCAGCUGUGCAGGCAGCCAUCUUGGCUGGUGAUAAGUCUGAGAAUGUACAGGACCUACUCCUGCUGGAUGUCACGCCUCUAUCCCUGGGAAUUGAGACCGCUGGAGGAGUAAUGACUGUUCUUAUCAAAAGGAACACCACCAUUCCCACCAAGCAGACCCAGACCUUUACCACAUAUUCAGACAACCAACCUGGUGUGCUUAUUCAGGUUUAUGAAGGGGAGAGAGCCAUGACCAAGGACAAUAACAUCCUGGGCAAGUUUGAGCUGACCGGUAUUCCCCCUGCUCCCAGAGGUGUCCCUCAGAUUGAAGUGACCUUUGACAUUGAUGCCAAUGGCAUUCUCAAUGUGUCUGCAGUGGACAAAAGCACUGGAAAGGAGAACAAGAUCACCAUCACAAAUGAUAAAGGGCGGUUGAGCAAGGAAGACAUUGAGCAGAUGGUGCAGGAGGCGGAGCAGUUCAAGGCUGAGGAUGAGGUCCAGAGAGAGAAGGUCACAGCCAAGAACUCCCUCGAGUCUCUGGCCUUCAACAUGAAGAGCACUGUGGAGGACGAGAAGCUCCAAGACAAGAUCAGCCCUGAGGACAAAAAGUCCAUCGUAGACAAGUGCAACGAAAUCAUUUCCUGGCUGGACAAGAACCAGACGGCAGAGAAGGAUGAGUACGAUCACCAGCAGAAGGAACUUGAGAAGGUGUGCAACCCCAUCAUCUCCAAGCUAUACCAGGGAGGGAUGCCAGGAGGGAUGCCAGGAGGGAUGCCCGGUGGUUUCCCUGGUGGAGCUGGAGGCGGUGCCUCCUCUGGCCCAACUAUCGAAGAAGUUGACUGAAGACUAUGCUGACCGUGUCUUUAUCUCAGAUCUCAACAUUCACUUACUGCCUUAAAGCUAUUUACUUUGCCAAAAUACACAUCCAAUAAAAAAUGUAUUACAGGCUUAUUUUGAUUUACAUUCUCACUAUCAUGUAUGUUCAUAAACUUAAUAAAUCUAAGCAACUAAAUUUGACAGGCAUUUAGAAUACUCAGUCACAUAAGACAUAUUCACAGUCUGUUUGUUGUCUUCAAUGUUUCUGUCACCAAUGGUGAUUUGCAUGAAGUAUUUAAACAUUAGAUCAAUAAAGAGCACCAAUGGGAUGC